AUGUCCGCUUUCAGUUGGACCGCGGUGGUCCUCACCUGCCAGCACAAAGACAGUGUGGACGCCUUCCGGAGAGAGUUGCUGUUGCGUCAGCGCGGCGGUUUGGUGAGCGCCGGUACGAUGCUGCUGACGGUACCGGACCGCCGGGAACCGUUGGGCAGCGGGGGAGCCACGCUCAACGCCCUCCUAGUGGCCGCCGAACACCUGAGUAGUCGGGCGGGAUACACGGUGGUGACGGCUGACGUUCUGGACGACGCUCGCAUCCUCGUCCUCCACACGGGUCGCGAUUUCCCGUGGAGCCCUUGCAGCCGAGCCUUUUCCUGGCUGCCGGCGGAGGAUCCGUCUCUCUCGGCGCAGGCCCCCGUCUGCUGCGUGGACGUGCUGUUGACUUGCCUCGCCCGACAGGUCUGCCCCGGUUCUCCUCCCGGCGUUUGGGUUUGCAGCACCGACAUGACGUUCACCCUCCCCGAAGAUUUCGCGUUGUCUUGGGAAAACUUCUCCGGCGUUCUGGCCGUGGCGCUCCCCGGCGACGUGUCCUACGCCGUCGAUCACGGCGUCUACUUGAGCGACGGAAAGGGCGGCGUCGGAGACAUCGUUUACAAGGGCAGCCCGGAGAGCGUCCGGCGAGCGCUGAUGCACGAUGGGAAAGUUCCUCUGGUGUCGGGUCCAGUUUUCUUCAGCCGCGCAGUGGCCGAGAAGCUCCUGCAGAUGCACGUGACGCCUCCUCUGGACGGUUGCACCUACCUGGGCUUGGAUUCUGGCGCUCCGCCUCUCCAGCUGUCCCUCUUCUUGGACAUCCUGAAGUGUCUGUGCCGGGACGUGAGCGAGGAGCAGUUUGUGGACGGCGCUCCCGCGCCACAGGGGGCGACCGUGCGGCGCGGCAGAAAGGAGCUGUGGCGCAUCAUGAGAGGGACAGCGCUCCGCCUGGCAUAUGUUCCGGGAGGUCGCUACGACUACAUGACGCUGUCCGGGAAGCAGCACAUCCUCCGUUUGACCCGUGAGCCCACGGGGGGAAAUGCCCUCUCACACAUCCAGGUGGAAAGCGACGUGAGCCCAGGCGCGCGGGUUAUCAACAGUGUUCUGGAAGGCUCGGUCGCCGUGGCCGCCGGCUCCGUCGUGCAACACUGCCACCUCCAGGGUCCGCUGCGUGUCCCUUCCGGUUGUCUGCUGUCUGGCCUGGAGGCGUCACCUGAUGCGGGACGACUGGCGCUGCGCCAGGACGUCAUCCUUCAAGGACAUCGCGUCCUACUGGGAAAUCGCAAGCUGACAGUCUACACCGUGAUGGGAGCGCUGGACGACCUGGAGCUGUGCUGCGACGACGAAGGCGCGUCCUUCCUCAACGCGCCUUGGAGCGUCUUUUUCAGCACCACCGGCGUCAGGCCGGAAGACCUCUGGGCGUCGGGAGAACGGCGCUCCCUGCUGGACGCGCGCCUCUUCCCCGGCGAGGGCGCGGCGUGGGGCGCGGCCUGGCUGCUGGGCAGAGGAGGCCGCGCUCGCCGUUGGCGCCGGGCCCGCCGGCUGUCCCUGAAGGAGGUCCUGUCGCACACGCGACAGGAGGCGGAGCUCCGGCGGAGGGAGGCUCUGCUGUUCCUGGCGGGCAGGAAGCGGGUGCGGGACGCCCUGAUCCGGCCGGGCCAGGUCUGCCUGCUUCCCAUUUUCAGGGCCGCCGUAGCGGGCGGCCAGCAGGCGGCGCUGCUCGGCCUACUGGACGAGUUCUCCUGAAACAUCGGAACACACCCAGAGAUGGGCGUGUCGGCCCGCUGCCUGGCGUGCGUGGCAGACGUCUUGUCGUGUUGGGCCGAGGCGGAGGGCGGCGGCGGGCUGAGGAGCGGGCCGGCCGCCAACCGCGGCUGGAGCGCCGCCUACUCGCUGUUGGAAAAGGGCGAUCUGAAGGGCGGGGUCCGGGCUCUGGCGGCGCAGCGAGCACAUUGGCUGGGCAGGCCAGACCUGCUGGUGCGGGCGGCGCGCCACUACGAGGGCGCCGCUCAGGUUCUGCUCCGCCGGGCCGUGAUGUCGUCGCAGAAGUUUGCGGAAAUCAGCCAGGGGGAUCUCCCGCCUCACGAUCGGUGGCACGAAGCCGAGUGUCCCGCCAGGAUCGACCUCGCCGGCGGCUGGAGCGACACUCCGCCCCUGGCCUUCGAGCACGGCGGCUGCGUGACCAACGUGGCGGUAAAGAUCGACGGCCGGCGACCUAUCGGCGCCCGGGCGAGGCGCGUCCGGGCGCCGCGCCUCUUACUGGUCAGCCGCGCCGGGGGGCGGGACUCCGACGUGGCCACGGAGACGCUGUGCGAGACCGUGGAAGACCUCUGGGACUACUGCCAGCCCAACGCCCCCGGGGCUCUGCUAAAGGCGGCGUGCGUGUGCGCCGGCGUGGUGUCACCGUCCUCCCCGGAAACUCUUGAGUGUCAGCUGACGUCUCGCUGGGGCGGCGGUCUGGAGCUCCACGGAUGGUCGUCGCUACCCACCGGCUCGGGACUCGGUACCAGCAGCAUCCUGGCGGGGGCGUUGUUGGCGGCUAUCUACGAAGCCACGGGGCGGUCCUACAGCCGGGAUGCGCUCAUACACGACGUGCUGCACUUGGAACAAGUUCUCACCACAGGGGGCGGCUGGCAGGACCAGGUGGGAGGUCUGGAGGGCGGCAUCAAGGUGGGGCGCUCCCAAGCGCGCCUGCCGCUGCGGGUGCUCGCGGAGCGGCAGCGCACCCCGGACGGCUUCGUCCAGACCCUGGAGCGCCACCUCCUGCUGGUCUACACAGGGAAGACCAGACUGGCGCGCAACCUGCUGCAGGAUGUGGUGCGCAGCUGGUAUAGUCGUCUACCCGCGAUGGUGCGCAACGUCGGCGAACUGGUCGCCAAUGCCGAGGACUGUGCCAAAGCUUGCCAAGACGGUUGUCUGUCGGCGCUGGGCGUUUGCCUGGAUCGCUCGUGGCGUCACAAGAAGCGGAUGGCGCCGGGCUGCGAGCCGGCCGCCGUGCGAGCCGUGAUAGAGGCGCUGCGGCCUCUGGCGAUGGGGCAAUGCCUAGCCGGCGCCGGGGGCGGCGGCUUCCUCUGCCUGCUGACCCGCCUCCCCGACCGGAAGGACGCCGUCUUCGACGUCCUCGCCCGUACGCCGGGCGUGGGAGACUUCAGUGUCCACACGGUGCAAAUAGACACAGAGGGACUCACUGUACUCCGGCCAGUAUGA